AUGCAUGACGCCUUUGAUACCACGAAAGCCAACCCUGCAAUAUUCCAAUCCAUCAAUGAAGGCCCGAUCAGCAAUUACUACCUCGACGGAUAUAUGUUUGCUGACUAUGAUGAGUUUUAUGCUUACGGGGGCAUGUACUACUUUUCCGGCGAUACUAUUACGGAUCGUACUGUCAACGACCCUCUUUACGAUAUUCCGCCAGAUUCGAGUAUCCAGGCAGGCGUUCCAAAUGUUGCCUACUCCCCGCAGAGUGGGAGUUUCAUCAAAGACAUAACAAACGGCGCCGGAGCCAAUGCUCCGAGUGAGAACCUCUGCUUCUACUUCAGCGGCAAAUACAAUGAAGAUGGCACGGCCUUCUCCUACUUCUCUCCGCCCAAAGACUACUCACCAUGGCUCAUCAGGGUCGACACUACCCUGCAAGGGCACGCGGAUUGGUCGCGAGAAGACCUCACACUCAGCAACAUCACACUGCGAUCCGAGGGUGCUCUCGUCUGGAUUCCGGCUUCAACGCGGGGACUCCUGAUCGCGAUUGGAGGUGUCGUUUAUCCUGCUGACUUGAAUGGAUACCUCGAGACGGACAACACGACAGACAUCACAGUGGCGAACAGCUUUUUAACCCAAUUUCCUGUGUACGAUAUUGGCUCCAGUACAUGGAGCAUGCAGUCGCUGAGUUCAGGAUCUCCAAUUCCCGAUGGUCCACUGGCACAAUUCUGCACCGUUGUCGCCUCCAGUGAGGACUACUCUCACCACGAAAUCUUUGUCUACGGAGGUUGGGACAGUAAUGAUGGCCCCGCGUAUGGCAAUGUGUGGAUCUUGAGCGUGCCUUCCUUCACCUGGAUUAGGGCAAACAUUGACGGGACCAGAAGACAAGGCCAUGUGUGCAUGUCUCCAUACCCCGAUCAAAUGAUUGUAAUCGGCGGCACAGGAGAUUUUGGAGCUGGGUUAGCCAGCAACAACAGUGUCGACGUCUUCAAUCUGAACGAUCUCAGCUGGACAGGCAGAUACGAUCCCGCUGUUCAUGAUGUCUACAAGCCUGCUCCGAUUGUAGCCAGUGUCGUCUCUGCAACACCGACCCCUAACGGCGGCAUGUCUCCUCAGAUUGCCGGGUGGUUCAAUACGGCCUACAACACAGACUUGAUCAGAAACUGGGGCCCUUACAAUGUAACUACCACGAACACACCAACGAAUACAGCAGCACCCACUGUAACGCCGGCGCUACAUCACCAUAGGGACUGGGUCGUUCCAGUUGCGGUCACCGUUCCCGUUGUGGUUGGGGUGGCCUUUUUUGCUGGCCUCAUCUUUUUGUGCUGCCGGAGGGCACGAAGGGAUCGCCAACAGAGGCAAGAUCUAUCUGAAGACGACAAGAAGAAGAGUGGUAUCCUGUCUUGGCUGCGGUCGACGUCUACUGGCAAAGACCACACGACCGAAUCAUCCGUCACCGAGGUGGAGCAUCCCCACUCGCCACAGCCCAUGGCACAAACGGCUCCUCAUGAACUACCCGGAGGAUACUUUUUCAGGAGUGAGCCGGGAAGCAACCAGGACCGUUGGUCAUCAUCUACACCUGUGCGGUCACCAAGAGCCGAAUAUGAUGGUCCGGUCGAGGGCCCAGACACUGAAGUGCACGAAGUUCAUGGUUCUUCUCGGAUCACUCAUCCUGAUGACAUCAACUAUGAUAUUCGUAACAUGACCAUGUACCCCCCCAGUUUCGUCAGCGCCGGCCAACCUAGGGCAAUGAACGGCUCUUCAUUGUCGCGAUCAGGCGAGUCCAACACUCCUGCAUCACCAAACACAGCGUCGGUCGGCGUGACAAACUCUAGCUUUGCGCCGAUUCCCGAGGGUGAAAUGGCAUUGGGGGACGAACACAUCACGGGUUUUGACAGAGCAAUUUCACCCAUUGAUCUCCGCCGAGAUACGAGGCCUACGCAUGAUCGCAAGGCCUCCGAUGUCAGCAGUGCUUCAUCGCUACCAUCACCGGACGUCGAGAACCGAUCUGCGCUCCCAGACAGGCCGAGAGCUUCACGGAGCGUCUCCGGAGAGGAUGUUGAAACAGGAGAGCAUGGGAAUCGCACGAUUUGA